CCCGAGCAGCUUCGCGCGCGCCUCGGGGACUCCCAGGCGGCGCGGAGCAUUGUGGGGUGGCGGCGACGGCGGCGGGGCUGGGCUGGGUCGCGUUGCGUUUGGAGGGUAGGGGCCAUGGCUUCCUGGGCCGCUCUUUCGCCCAGCAUCGUGGAGUAUUUCGAGGGCGAGGACUCCUACCGCUGCGGCUAUUGCAAGAAUGAGUCGGGCAGUCGCUCCAAUGGCAUGUGGGCACAUUCAAUGACAGUACAGGAUUAUCAGGAUCUUAUAGAUCGAGGAUGGCGAAGAAGCGGGAAAUAUGUGUAUAAGCCUGUCAUGAAUCAAACAUGUUGUCCUCAGUACACGAUAAGGUGCCGACCUUUACAGUUUCAGCCAUCAAAAUCUCACAAGAAGGUUUUGAAAAAAAUGUUGAAAUUUCUGGCUAAAGGGGAAAUUUCCAAAGGAAAUUGUGAGGAUGAGCCCAUGGAGCCCACCAUGGAGGAGACUGUUGCGGGUGACUUUGCGUUAAUAAAUAAAUUGGAUAUACAGUGUGACCUUAAAACACUCAGUGAUGACCUCAAAGAGAGCUUUGAGAGUGAAGAAAAGAAGAAAGGAAAAAGCCCAAAGAAAGAAGAAUCUAAGGAAUUAAUUCAGUCACAACAUAUAGAGGAGAAGUUGGGCUCUGGUGAGCCAUCCCAUCCAAUUAAAAUGCACAUGGCUCCUAAGCCAGGCAAAGGGGCAGAUUUGAGUAAGCCUCCAUGUCGGAAAGCAAAGGAAAUCCGGAAAGAAAGGAAAAGGUUAAAACUCAUGCAGCAGAACCCAGCUGGAGAACUUGAGGGUUUCCACGCUCAAGGUGAACCACCAUCUUUGUUGCCACCAAAGGCCAAUAAAUCCAACCAGCCCAAAUCACUUGAAGAUUUAAUUUUUGAAUCUUUACCAGAGAACGCAUCACACAAGUUAGAGGUGAGGGUGGUGAGAUCAUCUCCACCAAGUUCUCAGUUCAAAGCCACAUUUCAGGAGUCUUACCAGGUCUAUAAACGUUACCAGAUGGUUAUUCACAAGGAUCCACCUGAUAAACCAACUGUGAGCCAGUUCACAAGGUUCCUUUGCAGCUCACCUCUGGAGGCUGAGAAUCCCCCUCAUGGACCAGAUUGUGGUUAUGGCUCCUUUCACCAGCAGUAUUGGCUUGAUGGAAGAAUCAUUGCUGUGGGGGUGAUUGACAUCCUUCCAUAUUGUGUCUCGUCUGUAUAUUUGUACUACGAUCCUGAUUAUUCAUUCCUGUCUUUGGGUGUCUACUCUGCAUUACGAGAAAUUGGUUUUACUAGGCAACUUCAUCAGAAAACAUCUCAACUCAGCUAUUAUUAUAUGGGUUUCUACAUUCAUUCAUGUCCCAAGAUGAAAUAUAAGGGUCAGUACAGACCUUCUGAUUUGUUGUGUCCUGAGACGUAUGUUUGGGUGCCCAUUGAGCAGUGCCUGUCUUCGCUUGAUAACUCCAAGUACUGCCGUUUCAACCAGGAUCCAGAAGCAGUGGACGAAGGUCGCAGUAAGGAGCCUGACCGUUUGCAGGUGUUCCACAAGAAAGCCAUAAUGCCUUACGGCGUUUAUAAGAAACAGCAGAAGGACCCGAGCGAGGAGGCCGCCGUGCUGCAGUAUGCGGGGCUGGUGGGGCAGGCGUGCUCCGAGCGGAUGCUGCUGCUGCGGAACUGAGGUCAUCUGCACCCCUCACCCCCUCACCCCCGCGCCCCAGGGAGGCUCCCGGCCUGCCCACAGAGGAGGCGUUUUUUAUUUUGACUCUCUGUGGCUUUUCUAGAAUAUUUUGUGGCAAUGUAUUUGUGAGAAUCUCCUGGUUAAUAUAAAGAUUUUAAAAAUAGGUUGUGACCUAGCCUCCUCGUGGGGGUUUAUCAUUUUGGAAGUUUGUUUUAUGAACAAGCUACGGUAUAAACUCCUUGUGUUAAUAUUUUGGAAAGUAAAAUGAAUAAGUGGAUCUUAAGUCAUUUAAAUCACCAUCGUGCUUUUUUUGUCAAAGAAAUUACAGCAGACUUUUCUCAGAUCCAUUUAAGACAUUAGUUUAUGCUCCAAGACUGGAAGGCUGGGGAGAAGGUGGGGUGUCGGUUUUCUCUCUUGGAAAACGUCUUCUCAAGAGAACAGAACUGUUGUUCCUCAGUGUUCAGUAUUACUGCCGAAUGUUACGUAGUUAAUAGAAAACUCAGAGAAAGAAAAUACAAACCUUAAAGAAAGGACGUCGUGUGAACAUCAGAUGUUCGUUUACCCAGGACAGCCUCCGUCAUAUCUGUUGUCUCGGCACACUUGUUUUUCCUAGUAUAAUUAUUACUCUCAAAUAAUCUUACUCUCAAAAGUAUCCCAGUUGGACAACAAAAUAUGUGAUUACCCUAGUUGUAUAUAUAUUAUUUGCUCUGUUUCUAAAAAUCUCAGAAAUGGAGGUUUUUGUAGGUUUUGUUUGGGUUUUUGGUUUUUUUGUUUUGUUUUUUGGAAAAAUGUUGGCUCCUGCCUUGACCUAAGACCCAUCAGAAGUAACUAUACACACUCCUUAGAACUCAGGACACUUGUCUUUGGUUAUUGAUUAAAAAUUAGUUAAUAUCUGACUACUUUUAUAGCUGUGCAACAAAUCAUGUUUAAUGAAGCGUAGGAAUCAUUUUGACCUCUGUUCCAGGGCAAGAGGUGGAGCAAUCCGUUUCUUGCUCUUUGAUUUGGGAGUCAGCACAUGCUAGCUCCUUGUCCUCUCACUUUCUUUUGGCCCCUCACCCAGUCAGCAAAUGUCCCUUGUCCACCCCCAUCAAGGUGGCGGGCCCUGUGCUAGGAGGAAGGAGACUCAGCAUAUUGGUUCACAGAACGGAGCUGUGUUGGAGAUGAUAAUGACAGAGGAGGGUUAGUUUCCUGUGCUCUUUCUCAGCUGACCCCCAUCUUCUGUGUCAGCAGCUUGGCCAUGGAGUUCAUCCCAUUGCCCAUUUUGCCUGUUUUCUAUUGAUCUUUUUUAAAAACCAUACUAUAAAACGUAGUACUUUGAAACCCACUACUAGUUUUAAACUUUCCUCCUAAAGGCACUGAAUUUGGGUAAGACAUUAGAAAAUAAUUUCAGUUAGCUAAAAGAGGGAUCAUAAAACAAUGAUUUUAAAAAUCACAUGUCUAGAAAUUCAACAUCCAAAUAAACUGUAUUUAUUCAUUCAGAUGGGUGUGUGUGUGUGUGUGUGUGUGUGUAACACCUGCCGUACGCAGGUAUUUUGCCAACUGAGGAUAGAGGAGUGAGGAAAGCCAUUUUCUCUGAUUGUGUGGAUUUUGCAUUCUUCUGGGAUUUUGUUCUUCAAAAUAGCCUCCCAAGAGUAUUUGAUAGGCUCUUGUUUGGAACUGCCUUCAGAACCUACAGAACUUUUUUUUCUUUCUCCCUCUAAAAUGAAGAUAGCUUAAUGUUUCUAGGUUUACAAAAUGGUACUCACUGUAAGCAAUUCAGACAUUAAUAAAACUAUAAAUAGAAUCUGAAAUUCUACCAUACCAGAGAAGGAGAGAACUGUUAUAUAUCUACACACAGACAUACAUUAAUUUGAACAUAAAUAGAAUUAUGCUGUAUACACUGCUUUGUGGACAUGCCUGAGUUUUGAAAGAAGUUUCAAAGUAGGACUUCGGAAGUGUUGUGAGUAAUCUGAGUACUAGGAAAGUCAGUGGGUUGGGUCGCAUCUUGGUACCCUUGGCAUUGGAAUGUUCACGUUGCUGCCAUCUGCAUCACACCCACUCUUAGGUCCGUGAUUGGCGGGUAGAACGGGAGCCCUGAAGAUCACAACUCUUGAGUAUCCCAUGAAAGGAAAACCUGACUCUUACAUCGUACCAUGACUCUGGUUUCCUCCUGCAGAAUUCAGUUAGGGUUCCUUCAGAGGAAAGUGAUCGAUCACAUCCUUGUCUGGGAACCGGGGUGCUGCCCCUGAGGGCAGGAUUCAAGGUUGGCUGCAGUGAACUGCCAGAGAGAACUGGGCACGAAGAUUCUUCUGCUCGGUUGCUGUAUUCAUGUGCUGCUCUUUUGGGAAUCGAUAGUGUAUUGAUCCUAAUGAGUUAAUUAUUUGUUCUUUUGCGCCCUGGCUGAGUAUUAAUAGCGUGCUAGAAAAGGACAGCAAGGCAAGUGACCCGGCUUUGCCAGUCGACGUGCAGUCUAGCUGAGAAAUCUGGUUUUAUGUUCAUGGCUUUCAUCCAAAGAAAGACACUUGAGAACCUUUCAAAGACAGUUUCUAUGUUUUCAAGGCUGGAAGCUGCGCAUUUACCCUCUUAGAGUUGUAGUUCCCUCAUGGAUGCAGGUAAAUUCACACCUGCCUCCUCGUCUCAGGAGCAGAAAUGUAAUUGAGGUUUUCCACACUGCCGUCUUUAUUUAAAUUCUUCCAGUUCUGUGAGAUUUUUUGUUAUUUUUUAAAAAUGUAAUCUGAGCACUUUUUUUAAUAUUCUAUAAAAGAGGCUAUUACCAAAUGAAUAUAUUAUUCAUUUGAUUAAAAAUUAUUUAGAUAAGAAAUUAUUACUGUUUAUCUUUGCUUUCAGACAGCGUAUCCUAUUUUUUAUCCAUUUUGCAAAAUACCUCUUGUGUGUGGUUUCUUAACAUAGCAGAACCUAUUAUGUAAAUGAACCUUUUCAGAUAUCUGAGCAGUAUGUGGUUUGAUUUUAUAGGCUUUAUACUAUUUCAGUGUGAAUAAAAAUGAGAAGGAAUAUGAUGACCAGCUAUCUAGAAAGUGUUGGUGGUUUCUAACUUUAAAGAAAAGAAGGAAGUGAAAUGGAAACAUAAUGUUUGAUCUAGAAGUUAUUCAAACGUGUAUUCUUUUCCAAAAGAAAACCAGUGACUGUAAAACAAAACAAGUCUGAUUGCAUGUGAUUUUUUUUGCUCUCGUGUAUGCCUUUUGAACAGUCCAUUUGAUAAAUCUUGAAUGAAAAAAAAAAAUAAAGCUGUUUCUAUCUGCCGUG